UCAGAGUCCAGAGUGCUAACCAUUACACCAUGGGACCGUGUAUUUCAUUACUGGCACUCGCAAGUUUAAAAAUGUGUAACACCUAUAAAUUUUUGUUUUGAAAAUUUUCCAAAAAUUAUAUUUAAAACUUUUCCCACCAAAAGUCAGCAAACCGGCGUUUCCUCAUUUAACAAUCAAACAAUUGAAUUCCGUGAGUUUUGUCAUGAUUCCUGUCACUUUCCAGUUUGUUUACAAAAUUCCCUAUAAGGUUAUGUCACAAAAUUGACAGUUUACAAAGUGCGGUCUUACACAGGUGUUUUAAAUAAGCGAGUGACUAAUAUGAGGGGAAUAUUUUUAAUGUUUUAAAUCUAAACUGCAUGAAAUGUCGCUAACUUUUCCAUUCCGACUGUUACAUAAAUCAUUCUGAAAAUUCCACAACUAUGACCAGGUUUUUUGAGCAAACCACGAUAUUUAACUACACCUGGGACCAAGUGGCUCAAGGCUUUUGGAAACGAUAUCCAAAUCCCAACAGCAAACAUGUGUUAACUGAAGAUACAGUUUGUCGUGAUGUUCGUUCAGGGCGAUUAUUUUCCAUAAGGUUACUCAGCAAAACUAACCCAAUUCCAAAGUGGGCAGAAAGGUUUAUCACGUCCAAACAUGUCCAUAUUAUCGAAGAGUCGAUUGUUGAUCCAGUGAAUAAAGUCUUUAUUACAUAUACUAGGAACCUCGGGUACACUAAAGUCAUGAGUGUCACAGAAAAGGUUGUGUACCACCAAAGUGAUGAGCAACCUGGGAAAACCAUAGCAGUGAGAUCAGCAUGGAUUGAUUCCCAAGUCAGAGGUUUCAGUAGAGCAAUUUGUGCAUUUGGUUACGAAAGGUUCAAAAAGAAUUGCUCUAAAAUGGUGGGUGGAUUUAACCAUGUCUUAUCAAACAUGUUUCCACUGCAAAGCACUGUUACAACAACCCAUGCCACUGUAACAGCAUCCAGUAAACUGAAAGAUGCUGCAAAGAAUGCAUCAGAACUUGCUAAAUCGAAAGCAGCCCCAAUUUAUGCAUCUUUGCAUCCUAAUCAGUCUUAAAUGUAAGACAGUUUCAUCAAAAACUGGUCGUUAAUACUUCUUCUUAUAUCAGUGUCGUGUAGGUGUAAUUAUUCCAUUUACUGAUUUUAUUCAGUUUUUGAUACUUUUUUUAUUCCAAAAAAUAUCUAGCUAAGAACUGAAAAUAUAAGUCACUAAUGUUUAUAUGGGGCACGAUUUUAACUGUUAUUAUGGGACUAGAAACGUGUAUAUAUUUUGUUUCCGCUAUAUUAUCAUGAAUAUAAUUAUCUAUAUUGUUGUAAUUGAAAUUAAUAAAAGUAAAACGUUAGCUUUAA